AUGUUUUCAAGUGUUACACAAUCUCGACUUUUGAAUACACUCAAAGGAGUUAGCAAUGAAUUUGCAUACUCACCAGUGAAUCAUCUCGGACAACCAGUCACUUCACCAACAACAUCCUUCUUUUCCGAUUUUUUUGGAAUUACUGUGCCAGGUCUCACUCGGGGCAAUCAAAUCGUAACAGCUGUGAUUGGAGUGUUUUUAGGAGUUUGGGUGACAUUUUUGACAGGAACUAUUUUGAUUCAAUUAUUGUUUUAUAAAUUAUUUGCUGUGCUCUUUGGAUUGAUGAUGAUCAUUCUCUCUGCCAUUUUCAUUGUAAACAUUGCACAUGUACCAUAUGAUGAAGCUACAGCUGUGAAAAAACUUGUUGCAUUCAUAAUUUUUGGUUUAUGUAUUUUUUGUGGAUUGUUAUGCAUCUUCUCGUAUGGAACGGAUUGGACUGAGAAUGCAAAAUCAAUUGUAAUUAUUCGACAGGAAAAUUUCUCAACAAAAACAAAGUCAACCCUUGCUGUUGGAACUCAAUGGAAAGUUUUAUGGACCUUCUUGAUUGGCAUUUCAAUUUAUUUCUUAAUCAUUUACACUUGUGCAGAGAUUGUAACGAAUGGAAUUUUUCAAUGCAAAUGUUUUAGCUAUUUAUGGUAUAGAAGACCAGCCUGUAAUUAUGUCUAUUUUAUGGCCGCUACCUUACUUUGUAGCGUGAUUAUUUCUAGUGCUCUUAGUUUGUUCAUUAGUAUGCAAAAAGACUCGAAUGUUUCUAUUGACAGCUUGAUUUCUGACACAAAUCCAUCAUACAUUAGUUUAAGCAACAUGCUCUAUGGAAUGCUCAUGUUAAGACAAUUAGCAAUUGUAAUUCCAUUUGGUAUGAUUUUUGGAAUUGUCAUUUCUCUCGUCUUUCAAUACAAUUAUUUAAAAGAUUGGGUUGAUUAUCAAAACUACAGAAAUGAAGCUACUAAAAACGGAGGAGGAACUUUGAUCAAGGCAUCAAGUUUGGAUUUGAGUGAUGACGACGAGGAAGAUGAUGCUGCUGAUUUGGAACGACAACCCAAACACCAAUUAGGAACGAGCAGAGACCUGAUGACGAAUGAAAAUGAACAACAACAACAGCCAUCGACAGAAUCAACGAUCUGA